ACCACUCGAGUGGAGUGUGCUAGCCUCGGUUCUCCCCACUUCGGAAGAGAAGAGAGCCCCAACCAUCUUUCAUAUAUAAUCACAUAUUGUCUUCACAAUCGGCAAAUCAAUUUUGUAAAAAUAGAACUUCCCCUUGAGAUGUCAGAACCGUAUAAGUUGUCUGGUGAGUCGGUGGCCUUGAUUACGGCAAGCAGUGCCGGGUUAGGUGCGGCUACGGCUAAGGCACUGGCCCGGAGUGGAGUAAGGGUUGUCAUCAAUUACCUCUCCAGCAAAGACAAAGCCGAAAAACUGCUUGAAGAACUGAAGGCUCUGCAAAGCAAAUCAGGCGAGGCAGCUGUAGACAAAGAAUCUCGAGUCCUUGCAAUCAUGGCUGAUGUUUCUCAACGUACCGAGCUCUCGCGGUUGGUUGAAGAGACUGUCCAUAAGAUGGGAAGGCUCGAUCUGGUCGUCUCGAACCAAGGCUGGACUAGAAUGAGGAAUUUUAAUGAUCUAGACGACAACGUGGACGAGAGUGACUGGGAUAAGUGUUUCAACAUGAACGUCAAGUCGCAUCUCUUCCUUUUCCACGCCGCAAGGAAGCAUCUCGAAGCCUCAGGAGGCUCAUUCAUUACUACUGCUUCUCUGGCAGGAGUCAAGCCCAGUGGCAGUUCUGCUUACUCGGUAACAAAAGCAGCCCAAAUACAUCUAGUGAAGUCGCUGGCUUUGAUCGCGGGACCCGUUCGGGUGAACUCUGUAUCCCCUGGCAUCCUGUUGACGGACUGGGGGCUGCAAUUUCCUGCAUCCAAGGUUGAGACAGCCAUUGGAAAGAGCCCGCUGAAGAGAGUUGCUAGCGUAGAAGAUGUUGCCCAGCAAAUACUCUUUUUGGCAAACAGCGCCUCAACCACGGGCACAAACUCGGUGCUCGACGCCGGUCUAUCUCUGUGAAGACAGAUAUACCUUGCAAUGUACUUUUGUGUCCGAGUAAUCACAAGAUACCUAGAGACAAAUAAAAUAUCGUGCUACCAUGCUGAGACCAUUGUGUGAAUGUCGCGUGGGUGAUGUUG